GUUACAAGCAUUUACUUGCUUUGGUCAUACUAGAAGGUUAAAGAUUGGAAUGCUUCCCAGUUAAAGCUGGGAAACAGAAAACCUAUCACGUUAGAUAAAGGUGGCAAAUUGAGUGAGUAAACGAAGAAUUAAAUGUCGAAGCUGGGUCAUGAAAAGUAGAGUCUCUGAAGUGUGUACGGUUUUAUACACAUACACGUUUUUAUUUUCCUAGAUUUUGAUAAAAUUUAUAUCAACUUUGGAAUUUAUGGUGGCCUGUUAUAAUUGUGAUGAUUUGAACUCCUGUUUCAAAAGACAUUUCCUCGGCCGUGUACAGGCAUAUUAUGCGGCUUCCCUCGUUUGUACGAGACUGUUACAAUUGAAAUCAGAACAUUACUGGAUUAACUAUACAUCACGGAUACACGCAAGAUGAUUAUUUUGCUUGCUCUUUGUAGGUCUUCUUGGCACUCUUGAAGAUAGUAUCCAAGGUGGUGUUGGCGUCCAAGUUGAAUCUGGCAACCACCUCCUCCGGCCUCUCCAUGUUCACAACCACGUAGUAGCCCGGUCUGCUAUCAACACAGGUCCCUUCGGCCCAUUCGGCCUCGUCGUAGUCGAGCAAGGAAAUCACCGGUGGUUUACCGUCAACGUACGCUGGAGCUGGCAUUUUGUGAAUGGAGGACACAGCAAUC